UUGGGUUUUUAAUGCGACAUCUGAUGCGCACGUUGUUUUUUUAAUUUUUACUUGAUCGUGCGAGGAAAUUAAAUAAAUCGCGGAACGAGAAUUCGCCUUUAAUUGCAAUUUUGAAACGAUUUGUUUUGCGUUUGCAAAAAAAAUUAUACACCCUUUUUCCAAGAAUCUACUGAUAAUUCUGUGCUGGUGUUAACGUUUUCAAUAUAUCCCAACAACUUUUGGUACAAUGACUGGACGCACGAGACGUCAAGCGGCCCUUAGAGCUGUGCAGAUAAUAGAACUAUCUGAUUCCGAAGAUGAUGUCUCAAGUGUUUCCCGAAGAACACGACGUGAUAGCUCCUUUUCGCCACCACCGACCAAGUCUGCCCGAAUUGAUGCUGCAACACGUUCCGUAGCUCAGCGGGAUAUGGCUGCUACAAGCGCAACAACUGGACGAAAACGCUGGCCUACUUCAAGAAGUGACGAGAAUGCUAAGGAAGAGAAAAUUUCGGGAAAGCGUACCAAAAAAGACGCUAAAUCAGCUUCAUCAAAACCUAAGAAAGCGAAAGAGCAAAUGAAUGUACCAAACGAAGUUGACACUGAUGUUAUAGAAAUGCCGAAUGAUGUAGCUGUUGAGCAAGAAAGCAUGGAUUUGAGCAAUCAAGCAGCACCUGUAGAGACUAUAGAUGGCCAAUGCAGUUCACGUGUUGAGAUGUCCGCAAGCAAGGUUGCACUUGAUUCCACUUACACCGGUCGCAGCUCAUUUUGGGCACGCCGCAAAGUGUGGCGUGUCGACGAACUUCUCGCUGAAAAGGAAAACGUUGCACCGGGCACUGCAAAGAAUAUUGUAGAAUUACUUGAGACUGAGAAUACAAUUCCUUUCAUAUGCCGAUAUCGUCGCGAUUUGAUCAGUCACAUAACGCCUGAGCGAUUACGUGAUAUAAAGAAUUCUUAUACGGAAAUUGUAGAAUUGCGUAAACGUGCUGAAACGAUUGUGACACAAUUGCAGAAAGAACAACAGAUUGACGAAGAAGUGCGAACAGAGAUCUUAUGUGCCAAAAGUAAUGAGGAAUUGGAGUUUUUGUAUGCCCCAUAUAAACCCGCUAGUAAAGGCUCACUUGCUGAACGAGCGAAAGCUCUCGGUUUGGGCAAUGCCGCAGACUGUUUGUUAUUUGGCGAGGCACCGGAGGUGUUUUUGGAAUACCUAGUAGAUCGCAACAAUGCGGAUUUGGAUAGUGCAGAAAAGGUUUUGCAGGGCAUUUGCCAUAUAAUUUCACAUAAUAUUAGCAAACAUACAGGCGUCUUGGAAGAGUUGCGAAGGCUUCAAAAAGUGCAUCGUAUUGUUCUUAAGUGCACUAAAACAAAGACUCCUGCCACAACAGCUGGUGGUAAGGUAUCAACCACGGCAAAGAGCAAGUUAAAUAGUAAUAACAACAACUCUUUGCAUUCAAAGACUAAAACGGAUGCUUCGAAGUAUGAAAUUUAUUAUAAUUUUCAACAAGAUGUACGAUAUUUGAAACCACAUCAGGUGCUCGCCAUCAAUCGUGCAGAAAAACAAAAGUUCUUAACAGUAAAAAUAAUCCCCGCAGACUAUGUUAAGAAUGACAUUAAACGUUAUACACGUGAGCUAUUUAUGCAUGAAGGUCUGCGUUAUCCAUUGCGCAACCAGGUGUUUGAGCAGGCAUUCGAGGAGUGCUAUAGCAAAAAAUUACAACCGCUUUUAUCGCGACAAUUGCGUAGUGAUUUGAACGAGUUAGCCAAAAAGGCUGCCAUCGAUGUUUUUGCGCAAAACUUGAAGCAAUUGCUGCUCCAAUCCCCACUCAAAGGAGAGCGUAUUCUUGGCAUUGAUCCAGGCUUUACAAAUGGUUGCAAACUGGCACUUAUUUCCGAGACAGCAGAUGUGUUAGAAACUGGUGUGAUAUAUCCGCAUGCGCGUACCAGUGACCCAGAAGAAGUUGGCAAUAAAUUAGCUAAAAUGUUGGUCCGACACAACUGUAAAAUAAUCGCUUUAGGCAACGGUACUGCUUGUCGGGAAACUGAAUUUUGGCUUUCAAAUCUUUUCGAUAUUGGUAUUUUAGACAAAAGUACUGUGCGUUAUAGUAUCAUUUCGGAGCAAGGUGCCUCAAUAUACUCAUGUAGUGAUGUAGCGCUUAAGGAAUUCCCUGACAUGGAUAUGAACGAAAUAAGUGCAGUUUCCAUUGCACGUCGGUUAAAUGACCCGUUAAGUGAAUAUGUGAAAAUAGAACCGCGUCACAUUGGUGUUGGCAUGUAUCAACAUGAUGUGCCAGAAAAAACGCUCAAUGAAGCCCUGAACGAAGUUGUGUCUGAGUGUGUGAGUUUCGUGGGCGUGGAUAUUAAUACGGCGAGCUUGAGUGUAUUAAAAAAUGUGGCCGGCUUGGGUGAAAAGAAAGCACAAAAAAUAAUAGAAUACCGUACAAGUAAUGGUCCUUUUCAAACGCGUAAAGAUCUAUUAAAAGUAAAGUCUAUUGGCGAAAAGACAUUUGUACAAUGCGCAGGCUUUAUACGUAUCGAUCCUUUGAGUGUUGGUGGAAAAAUUGAAAACCCGCUUGACUGCACUUGGGUGCAUCCGGAAAGUUAUGCAGUUGCCAAAAAAAUCAUAAGCAAAUGUAAUUUGUUACUGAAAGACAUCGGCACAAACGCAUUUGUUUGCAAAAUUAAAGCAUUCGUACUACAAUGUGAUAUGCAAGAGUUGGCAGAGGAUUUUCAGAUACCAGAAGAGCGGCUCGAUGUUGUAUUAAUGGCCUUACAACGUGAGCUUACACAAGACUAUCGCUCAGAAUUCGCUAAACGUCCACUAUUCAAGCAAGGCUUAACACGUAUAACUGAACUGUCUGAGGGUGAUGUGUUGACAGGCGCAAUAUCAAACAUAACUCACUUUGGCGCCUUCGUUGAUAUUGGCGUUGAAUGUAAUGCUCUUAUACAUAUAAGUAAAAUGAAGAAUGCAGAACUGAGUGUAGGUGAUCGUGUUGUUGUUUCUAUCAUUCAAAUUGAUGUACCUCGCAAACGUAUCAGUGUACAACUGGAGGAAAUAAAAGUAAACGACAACGAUUCGUUUACUUUGGUAUAACUAAGUUAAGUUUAAUUAUAUAGGGUUUUCCAAAAAGGCAGGCCGAAAUGAAACAAAGUUAAAGUAAGCUGUGUUGUGGGCUAUUAAUGAAGUUAUUAUUAUUGCAUACUCAUUAUGACAUCGUCCGUCGCGGCAUUUUGAACGGAAUGGAAUUUGAGCAGUGAGUUACGUGUACUUUGAGGAAAUAGGUCGAUUGAAGCUGCUUAUUGGCAUAGAUCUUUGACUUCUGAAUGUCACCUCAGCGAAAUAUGUAUAACCAUACCCUAAAUCGUUCAUAAUAAAGUUUAAUCAUUUGUAUGUGGUGCUCAGUAGUGUAACUUCCGUCUUGAUUUGGCAUCAAUAACUGAAAAAUAAACAACAGAUUUGGCAGACACCUGCAUACAAAAAGGGCGCUCCAUCCUGUCAACAUCGGCCCGCCUCUUAUUACAAAGCCCUAUAUUAGUAGUUAAGCUCGAUGCAAGUUUACUUAUUAAAUUUCAUAUUUAUCCGUUUAUAUAUACGUACCAUAUAUAUCUUUUUUUGGUGUUAAAGUUUCAAUCAUGAUACGAUUCUACGUGCCGGAAUUACCCGGGGGUUUUCUCGACCAAGGGCUGCGGCCAUAGUAAAUUAGCCCUGUCUAUUCAGCUUAAUCUUACAAGUUAAAUUAAUGUUAGCUUAAGGUUAAAAGUACGUUCACAUAUGCAUUAAUUACCAAUAAAUAUAAAAAAUUAAUCUACCCGUUCACAUAUGGCAGAUUGUCUGCAAAAUUGACCAUCAGGUCAAUGCUGUUGUGAAAGGUUUAAUUUGAAAUGAAAAUGAAUAAUAAAAUUUAAUUGGUGGAAUA